AUGAGGCUAUAUAAUGGAAGCUUGACUGGUUUUGAGGCUGCUAAAAUAGCUUCUUUUGACAAAUGGAUGUUGCAGAUUGGAGAUGGUUCAUUAUAUGAUGACAUUGAUAGACAAUUAAUUAAGCUUCCUUCUGAUAUCGCCAUAAAUUCAUCUCAAGAUCCAAUGAAAUCCAUAAUUAAAGUUAUCUACCCAUCACUUUUACAAAAGUACAACGAUCCUACAUAUUUGACAGAAAGAGCAAUAUUAACACCAAAAAAUGAAAUGGUCUAUGAACUAAAUGAGAUGAUUAUGAAUAUUAUACCAGGUGAAGGGAGAGCAUAUUUUAGCUCAGACAGUAUAUGCAAAGCAAGUGUAAAGACAAAUGAUGAAGAUCUUUUGUAUCCAGCUGAAUUUUUGCAUGGUUUGAAAUUUAAUGGCAUCCCUAAUCUUGAGAUGCGACUUAAGGAAGGUGCUCCUGUAAUGCUCCUUAGAAAUCUAAAUCAAACAGAAGGCCUAUGCAAUGGCACAAGAUUGAUUAUCAGGCAUCUUGGUAAAUGGUCCAUUAGAGGCAACAUCAUUUCUGGAACAAAUAUUGGUGAAAAUGUCACAAUUCCAAGAAUUAUCAUGUCUCCCAAUGAAUCAAGAUGGCCAUUCAAGCUUAAUAGACGACAACUUCCCUUGGCACCAUGUUUUGCCAUGACAAUCAACAAAAGCCAAGGACAAUCUCUUAAACAUGUUGGCUUGUACCUCCCUAAGCAAGUAUUCACCCACGGUCAAUUAUAUGUUGUUGUGUCCCGAGUUACCACCAGAGAAGGAUUGAUCAUACUAAAUGAUGAUGAUGAAGUGGGAGACCCAACCUUAAUAAAAAAUAUUGUUUACAAAGAAGUAUUUCAAAAUACUCACUCAUAA